UCAAUGAAAAAGAAUCAAGAAUCAAUUUUAACUCGCCUAUAACCCAUGACUGUGAUUCUCCAUUUCUAUACAGGCGUAGGAAGAAAAUAAUUUUACAGCAAAAGCAAAAAAUAUAUAUUUUGUUAUAUUAUUUUGUUACAAAAGCCUUAGUAAUAUAUUCUAUUUUAUAUUUUAAUAAUGCACUUUAAAUAAAAUUUUAUAACCAGGAUAUGAUUAAAACACGCGACGGGUACGAGGCUAGAGUACAUAUUUGAGCAAGAUUAGACAAAUUAAAAUUACAUUCCGCAAAAGUCAACGUAAUUUGACUAGUUUGUAAUAUUACCGUUAAGAAACCGUGUGUUUUGGAUAAUAAGCUCCUCUUAAAACGCGUUUAUGUUGAUGUUUAUAUAUACACGCCUAAACAGACGCUCCUCACUCUCCUCCUCACUAUUCCCCGAUCUGUCCCUCUCAAUUCUUCAAUUCUCGCUCCCAACUCUUCUCUUCAAUUUUCCAAUUCUCGCUCCCCAUCUCUCUCUCUCUCUCUCGGUCGAUCAUCUCUGCAAUCAUGGUGCCCAUGCUUCCGAUCCCCUCUAAGAAGACCUCAUUGGGUCUUGAGGUCGGCUUGAGAUUCAUUCCCACCGAACAAGAGCUCGUUGGUCACUAUCUGCAAAUGCGAAUCGCUAUGGGUGAUGAGUUUCAAUCAAAUUUCGUCUCGGAAUGUCCCGAAUUCUUCGGCGAGAAGGAGCCGUGGGUUAUUUGGCAGAUUUACGGCGGUGGUGAUUCUAAAAACGAUGAAGAGACUCUGUAUUUCUUCACCAACCGUAGGAGGUUCAGCCCCACCGCCAAAAGGUUCAUUAGGAAGGUUGGUUCGGGGACUUGGAGCGGCCAGCAUCCCAAAAAGGUUGUUGAUGAUGAUGGUCUUGUUAUUGGGGAGAAGAGGGAGUUUCGUUAUGAGAAUGGUUGUGAUUCUCGUCAAAACGACCGGUGGCUUAUGCAAGAGUUUCAGGGUGUUGAUGACAGCUGCGAUCUUGUUUUGUGCACUUUGCGGAAAAGUCCGAGAAAGGCACCCCCGGCUGUGAAACGCAACCUUACUGAAAAGGCCAAAGAUGAUAAUAAGAGAAAAAGAGGGCUUGUUGUGGAUCAGCCUAAGGGCAAAAGGAACAAAAAGGAUGAUCAGCCGAUCAUGGAACAGCAAACAAGCUGUGUUGUUGAUCAGCCAAUCAUGGAGCAGCAAACAAGCUGUGUUGUUGAUCUGCCAAAUAUGGAUCACCAAUUGGGUCAAGAUCAUCUGCUGCAGAAAGGUGUUCAAUUUCAUGAUGAUCUGGGUUAUUUUCCUGACCUAAAUUCUGACAUGUUUGGUGAUGAUACGACUGAUUUCUCUAAUAUUAACUUUGAUCCUGAGUUGUCUGUUGAUAGUAUGAUUGAUUUCUAUUGUAUUGAUGAGUUUCUUGGACAGACUCCAACUUGCUACGACUCCAACUUGGUUGCUAGUCUCGCUACUGAUGAUCAGGUGGUUCAGUUUGAGGAGGAAUAUGGCGUAUGUGAAGAGCUCCUUGUUUCCACACUCUUCCUGUCUCAAGUAUGUAUCAAUAACUUCAGUAUUUCUUUGACCUUUGUGUUUGGUAAUCCACUUGGUUCAGUAGUUAUUCUAGCUCAAAUGGAUUUGACUUCAAGUUUCAGGGUAUUGUACAAUUUGUUUCAUUAAAUUGGCAUGAUGCAGCUUCGUUUUUCUUAUACAACUAUACGUAUCUACUAAGUUUUUAGUCAAUCCACAAAUUUCAUUAACGACUCUGGGGAUAUAUUAUCUACUUAUUCUGAUAACCAGUCUGGACUAUUGUUCAAAGUCUGUGAAAGAGAGUGAGCUAGGACCAGGGAUGACAAUUUUUUGGGGUUCACUGGCAUUCCACCUGGUCGGAGGUGUGCUUCAAUAUUGAUGCCAAUGGUAUGUGUCUGCGGUGGACAAGACAGCUGGAGUAAAGAAUAAGAACAAGGUCAUGACUCAUGAAUACCAACAAUGAGGCAAGGCUUGUAAGGAGGAUAUAGGGAACAUGGUGCUGGAUGCAGGGAGGUACAAGGUGAAGAAUGUUUUGAAAAAUUGUGCUUACAUACACAAUACAUGGAAUACUAUCAAGGAGGAGAAGCUUGCUGGAAAAUUUGACCUUUCGGAUAAGAGAAGGCUGUGGAUUGGUUCUGCAAUCGGUUCUGGCCCAAAGCUUGAUUAGGCUGAGAAAUGUGCAGGAUGGAGUUGCUGUUUGUUUUUUGGGUUUAUUUGUAAUGUUUCGUUUAGCUUGUAGCUAAAGCAUGGUUAUCUUUUCUCUUUUUCUUCUUCUUUUUUUUUAGAAAAGCCAUGGUGUUAUGUUUCAGAGUUUCUAGUAACUUCAAUAAAAAGUGUAGUUUUCUUCUG